UAUUGUCAGUUUCGGCAGCCCGGCGCAGGGGUGAGGCGCAGUGCAUGUGAGCGUGUCACAGAGACGCGGAAAACAGACAAAUUAUUGAUUUAAAUUGAUUAAUUCUCCCUCGAUAUUAACAUGAACAAAAGCUGCAACCUUUGGAGUCCUUCGGAGGAAUAAUUAAACGGACCUCGGAGUUGAUAUCGCGACGGAAGGUGUCCGUGCAAGGGGAUGAAAAGAACCGCUGGAAUUGAACGGUCGGCCUCGGCAAACCAGUGUCUGUAGAAUUGUACCUGCGUCUGCGCAGUCAUGCUGGCCUGUCUGCAGAGGAGGCAGACCCCUGCACCCCAGCACGCCACGGCUAUCUGCAGCAGCAGCAGCAAGAGUCUUGAGCAAACGCAACACAUCCACCGCAAAUGUGAGCUGACUGUCCCCAUGCCUUCCCCGCGCUAUCCCAGUGCAGCAGAGCUGGAUGCCUAUGCGCAGAAGAUGGCCAACAGCCCUCUGUCCAUCAAGAUCUUCCCCACCAACAUCAGGGUCCCCCAACACAAGCACCUUAACCGGACUGUGAACGGAUAUGACACCACCGGACAGCGCUACAGCCCCUACCCCCCCCUCCACACAGGGGGCUACCAGGGUCUGUUAGCAAUAGUCAAACUCUCAUCAUCGUCGUCAUCAUCCUCAUCUUCCUCAUCAUCUUUCACCACAAAGGGCGUCGUCAAAAACUCUGAGGGCAGGAGGACUAAGUUGUCUCCGGCGCAGAUAGCAGUGGCUCCUUAUCCACCUCCCAACAGCAGCACUUUAGGUCAUUGCCACGGACAGAUUGUGUACCACACAGGGCAUCCCAAACCGCCAGAGGCUACCACUCUGUCAGUCCCCCCUAACGUCACUGUGGCCAGCUCCGUGAUCCCUGUUGCAGGGGGCCGAGUAUUGAACCUCCCUCCUCAAUCGAAUCUUCCCUCCAUCCAGAGCAUCAUUUACCAGAUCAACCAGCACUGCCAGGCCCAGGCUCUGCAGCAGGUGUGUCAGAACGGGGCCCCGACGAGACCUCCGAACUGCAGCCCAUCCAAACAGGGCACCGCUAACUCCUCAGGGGGGACUUACGUCACUAGUGUGGCUCCGCAGGGAAACAUGGCCUAUUCAGGGACGGUGCUACCAGGGCAGAACGGGGAGGCAAUGAAGGCUGGGAUGUAUCCCGAAGGUAUGGACUAUCUGCUGUGGCAGAAACAACAACAACAGCAACAGCAGCAGGCAGUUUUGAGGAUGUACAGUGGAGGGAGCGGAGGUGGAGGUGCUAUCAGCAAGUCACCUGAAACCUGUGCCCCAGGAGGGUCCAUCAUGCUCGGAGGGGCACAGGUGUCCUCCUCAAGAGGUUAUCCGAUGACUGCCAGUACGAGUGGUGGGGGUGGACUAGACAAGGUCAGCUCCUCGCCUUUGAACUGUGUGGGGAUGCAUGGGAACUUUUCUGUCGGUCAGUACUUUGCGCCUCCAUGGAACAGUGUUCUGGUGACACCGGACAGUGACUGCUACAACCCACAAGAGCUGCCAGGAGCUACAACCACAGCCGGACCAGUGACGGGACACAGGGAACUGGGAUUCCAUCACCAACACCCUCAUCAUCAUCACCACCACCACCAUCAUAAUCAUCACCACCCCCCCAUAGAGAGCACGGGUCUGUGCUGCAGUUUGCCUAGUAAGAGUCUAUGUAAUGCUUCAGUGUUGAGCAGCAGUCUGCAGUCACUGGAAUACCUGAUCAAUGACAUCCAUCCUCCCUGCAUCAAAGAGCAGAUGUUGGGGAAGGGAUACGAGACCGUGUCUGUGCCGAGACUAUUGGACCACCAGCAUGCGCACAUCCGCCUCCCUGUUUACAGAUAAGAAGAGAUGGGGCUGUCCAAUAUAAAGAGCGAAUGGAAAAUCUUUAAUCACAAACUGCAGUUCUUGCCAUUGCCUAGAUUUGCAGUGGAGUUCCGUGCUCCUGCUCAAAGCAGACUGGUGGAGAUCUGGAUCAAAACAUGGUUGGGUGAAUGCUGGAAAGCCAAUUGGUGCCUCUCGGCUCAGAGCUGAGAGAGAAUUGCUGGCUAGGAAUUGGAAUGUUCCUAAAUGUGGAUUCUUUUUGCCAAGAGGGAUUUUUUCUUUUUUCUGCUUCUUCAUUGUUGUUGUUUUCCAAUUGUUUCUCUUUUUUCCCCUUUUAAUUAUUUUAUCAGACUAAUUUAAUUUAUUUUUAAUUUUUUUGGUUUAAAAAUGAAGUAAAUAUGGCCUCCUCUCCUCCCCACAUCGCAAGUCGCCAUUUGGAUUAACAUGAUGAAGAUGAUGGUCUUAAAGCACCACGGUUGUCUAUAAAAGAUACAGUUAAACCUAUGCUCACAAAACACUGUAAGAGGUAAUGGUAUGCACACAUUACAACAUUUCAAAGACCAAAAAGGCAACUAGAUCAGUGCUUUUAGGUAACGUUAAUGGAUAAAAUGGAAAAACCUUAGUUUUAAUUGAUUUUUCAUAGAAAUUGCACUGCUUGGGGUGUAACAAUGUGUGAAAGUCUUGGCAGGUUGGAAAUUAGACAUUUGAAUAUAAUGUAUUUAAAGAACAUGAAGACUUGAACCUAUUUUUGUUGUUUUAUAUAUAUUUGUAGUAUAUAAUAUGCAUUGGCUGCUAAGGGAGUAAGAGUGUAAAAUGCUUAGGUUAUUAAUGUUUCGUUAAGGGUCAUUCAUUUUGAUUUUAUUCUCUUUUGGCUGCAGUAUAAGUUUCUGCUGUUCUCAUGGUGUAAUCACCACCGAGAGCUAAACAACAAUUCUCAUUUAUUUACCUACACUGGAAUCAAAUCUCCAAAUAAGCAGAUAUAUAAUGAAAGCUUGUGUGAAAGCUCUGAAAUGAGACCGCCCUCAUUAACAAGAUUAGGCCGAUCCGGUCUGUUUAAAAAGGAACAUCAUAUAAACUCUGGAAAUGAGCUGUCUGUUGUUGGAAAGCUUGUUCUUGAUUGGUUAGAGAUCAAAUAUACCUUCCCUCACUGCUUUGAAGUUUCAAAGUACAUUCGAGACCAUUAAAUGAGGACCUGAGAGGAGUUAAACUAUCAGAGGUGUCGCUUGACCAUUCCUUUUUUUGAAACGAUAAAAACAAUCAUUGCCUCUCUUGAACAGAGGUGGAAGGAGAGGUGACGAGCGUUUUUCUCAGCUCUGUGCUAGCGGUUUGAGCCGGGUUGAGGCCGCUCGUAAGCUUUGUCUCAACACUGAAAUAUUUAUUCCGACUGUGACUUUCCUGUGAAUGUACUGCACUUAGAUUACUGAGAAGACUAAUGCCUUGUGGGACAGAGGGGGAAAAUAAAGAAAAAUUGGAUGGGCACAGCGGUCCCUGGCGUUAAAUUAGCAUUUCUUUUGUCAGUCAAAUUUCACCGGUAAAUUGAAUUUAAAAACUCAAGUGAGUCGACAGGGGUUUCUGGCAGAGGCAAAAAGCUGGCUACAGUCUAGAUUUAUGAAGUGCAAUUAUUAUGACUGUAUUAACAAUUUUGUUUUCUCUGAGCUUACACCAAAAAAAGAAAAAUGUAAAAGUACAGCUGUGUCUACAUUCCCAAUGUACCACAUACUCAUUCCCUUCUUGUUUUGAGGUGCAAAAUAAAAUGAUUUCAAGAA